GCGUUUGCGGGUAGCGGGGAGCAGGGCCUGGCGGGCGGGGUGUGUCGCGAUGCCGGAGCUGGCUGUGCAGAAGGUGGUGGUCCACCCCCUGGUGCUGCUCAGUGUGGUGGAUCAUUUCAAUCGAAUAGGCAAGGUUGGAAACCAGAAGCGUGUUGUUGGUGUGCUUUUGGGGUCAUGGCAAAAGAAAGUACUUGAUGUAUCCAACAGUUUUGCAGUCCCUUUUGAUGAAGAUGACAAAGAUGAUUCUGUCUGGUUUCUAGACCAUGAUUAUUUGGAAAACAUGUAUGGCAUGUUUAAGAAGGUCAAUGCCAGAGAAAGAAUAGUCGGGUGGUACCACACAGGCCCUAAACUGCACAAGAAUGACAUCGCCAUCAACGAGCUCAUGAAGAGAUACUGCCCUAACUCGGUAUUAGUCAUCAUUGACGUGAAGCCGAAAGACCUGGGCCUGCCUACGGAAGCAUAUAUUUCGGUGGAAGAAGUUCAUGACGAUGGAACUCCAACCUCGAAAACAUUUGAGCAUGUGACGAGUGAAAUUGGAGCAGAGGAAGCUGAGGAAGUUGGAGUGGAACACUUGUUACGAGACAUCAAAGACACGACAGUGGGCACGCUUUCCCAGCGGAUCACAGACCAGGUCCACGCUUUGAAGGGACUCAACUCCAAGCUCCUGGAUAUCAGGAGCUACCUGGAGAAAGUGGCCACCGGCAAGCUGCCCAUCAACCACCAGAUCAUCUACCAGCUGCAGGACGUCUUCAACCUGCUGCCAGAUGUCAGCCUGCAGGAGUUUGUCAAGGCCUUUUACCUGAAGACCAACGACCAGAUGGUGGUGGUGUAUUUGGCCUCACUGAUCCGCUCCGUCGUCGCCUUGCACAACCUCAUCAACAACAAGAUUGCCAACCGGGACGCAGAGAAGAAAGAGGGGCAGGAAAAAGAAGACAGCAAAAAGGAUAGAAAAGAUGACAAGGAGAAGGAGAAAGACAAGGAAAAGAGUGAUGUAAAGAAAGAAGAGAAAAAGGAGAAAAAAUAAAACAUGUAGCUUUUUAAUUUGUAAAUUAAAAUCUUACAAACUAACUCAGUGUGCCACCAGAGGGUUCUUUUCACUUUAAGCGCUUGUUCCAAAGCUGUGUUGAUGAGCGCUCUCUGGAUAGAGGGACUGAUCGCACACCUAAGCUGCAGCCCCGGCUGCUGUGAUUGGGGAUGUGACAGCUCAGGCUGCAGCCUAUGUGAGAAAGAGUGAAGAGAAGUACACCUAACACUGCUGGUACUCUUCAUGCUUUUAUCUAUAAAACCAGGAGUUGACUCUCCCCAGUCAAAAAAGACUCUCGGGGUCUGUUUCUGGCAGUCUGCAAAACUGCAAAAUGGAAUGCAUGAAUUCCAUAAGUACUCUGCCUCGGAAAACCUUGAGUUCUGACCCCCUGAACUCUGUUGCGAAUACCACCCCACAGGACUUCUCGGACCCGUAGCUCUGGCAUUCUCGGGGCUUGGGAUCCAGCUCAAUAUAUUGUUUACCUUCAAAGACACAAUUAAAUGGCUUGGUUUUUAA